AUUUACUUACAUACUACACAACAACAUCAUUCCCCCCGCCACCAUAUCUAGUGGAUAACAACAAAAACUCAACAUUUUGGAUUAAGUCACCGAGAAAUGGUAUUAGAGAUGGAAAUGUCAAAAACAUAUCAAUACCGUAAGGUCAUGAAACCCAUGUUGGAGCGCAAACGUCGUGCUCGCAUCAACAAGUGUCUGGAUGAGUUGAAAGACAUCAUGGUCGAGUGUUUGACCCAGGAGGGUGAACAUAUUACUCGCUUGGAAAAGGCUGAUAUUUUGGAGUUGACCGUGGAGCAUAUGAAGAAAUUGAGAGCCCAAAAGCAGUUAAGAUUAAAUGGCAAUCCCGAGUCCAAGCUGACCAUAGCAGAAAGCUUCCGUGCUGGUUACAUUCAUGCCGCCAAUGAAGUCUCCAAAACUCUGGCUACAGUUCCCGGAGUAAGUGUCGAUUUGGGCACACAACUAAUGAGCCAUUUGGGUCAUCGUCUCAACUAUUUGCAAGUCAUUGUACCCACCGCCGUAACACCUAUGGGUGUCUCGCAAGCCACUUCAACACAUUUUGCAGCCAUGCCUCAACAAACUCAUUUGGGCUCCUCGUCCAUGUGCAGUUCUCCAGAACCUUCGAUCAUUACACCACCACCCUCAGAAUGUGGCAGCAGUGAUAGCGGCAGUUGCAGUCCCACACCCAGUGAAUCAGCUUCCAUGUGGCGUCCUUGGUGAUAGACUACUCUGGCUAACUAAAUCAUAAGGUGUCUUAAGAAAACACCUGUGGUGUGUAUUUGAAUAUGAACGGAAGAUUUUAUUCAAUCAUUUGACAAUGAUUUGGAUUUUUUGAACGGCUGAAACCGGAACUAAAGGCUGCAAUGUAAAAAGAUCGGACAAUCAGUCUAGCUUUGCUGUAGCAACUGCAUAAGUUGCUGCAAUUUGAAAGUGUGCAACAGAUAACACUAUUAUUUAUAAAAAAAAAUCAAUAAAUUGAAAAAAGAACAAAUAAAUA